GUUUAGUCUUCUUUUAAAGUUCACUGUAUUAAAACACGUUUUAAGUUUCAUAAAACGAGAUUAUUUUUUUUUCUAUUUAAUAAUUGUUCGAAAUUUCGUGUCAAAAAAAUUAUUCGCAUUUUAAAGUCUGGUGAUUUUUAAACCGAGAUGAAUUUAAAUUUUCUUAUAAUUUCCGUUUCGAUUUUUAUUCUUAACAGUUCAAUAUGUCCAGUGGUGUUUGGUGAAAAAAGUCACGAUGAAGAUUUGGAUAAUAAUAGUUAUUUAUUAAGUGAAUUAAAUUCAACGAUAAGUGAAAGUGGUGAAAAAUCUGCUUGGUUUUUAAAUGUACCUUUAUUGCCAGUUAUAGUUGCAACUUCGAAUUCAAUUCCCGAAGGUUCUUGUAAAAAGCAACUACAACUGUAUCUCAAGCAUUUAAAAAAUGGUACUUUAUGGGCAACUGAAAUGUUUGAUGCAUCUUCAAAAUAUCCCUAUGGUGUGUUCGAUGGUUUCACACGGCAUUUGGGAAGCUAUGACCAGUGUGAACAAAUUGAAACUAAAAUAAUAGAUGAAAAAAAUGGUAAAAUUGAAGAAAUUCAAAGUAGAUAUUGUUUAGUGGAUGUGAAGUUUAAAGAAAAAAAUGAACCAACGAAUUUCAGUGGUGAACACAACAUAUUUUUCAAUCCGCAAGAUUCCGCCUGGGAAGCGAUUAGGGAAAAGGGCGAUUUUCGACGAUGGCAAAGGUACUUUUUGCAAUUGGCAUUAUGUUUCCCGGCGGAAUGUCAACCAGAAGAUAUUGUGGUGGCACUUAAAGAUCCCUUGGAUGAAUUUGGCGAAAAUUAUAAUAUUACUGUCAAAGCAUCAAUUUCUCCAUUGUACUGCUCUUCCCCAACUUUGAAAGAAGCUUCAUUUUCUAAUUACGAAAUCAUUUUUUGUUUAACGUUCUUUAUGAUAAUCAUCUUUAUUGUGAUAAGCACCAUAAUUGACAUCAAGUCUGACGAAAAGAAAGAGCUCUCUAUGCCAAAACAAUUAAUAUACUGUUUUUCUGCUCGCAAAAAUUUUAACGAAAUAAUGAGGAUAACUUCUGGAAAUCGAGCAUUGAAUUCCAUAAAUUUGAUUCGAGUAUUCUUGUCAUUUCUUGCAGUGGUUGCACACAGACAAGUUCAAUACAUUUAUGCUGGAACAAUAAGUGGCCAGUAUUUUGAAUGGGUUAUGUCUACUCCCUUUUUCGGACUCACGCACAAUUUCUCCAUUCUUGUAGACGGAUUUUUUGGUCUGGGAGGACUUUUACUUUCUUACUUAUCAUUGAAGAAAUUGAAUGCAUCGGGAAAAUUAAAUUAUGUGCGUUUGAUUUUAACUCGAUUAGUAAGAUUAUUACCACUCUUCAUGUUCGUAACAUUUGGAUAUGCAACAGUAUUUUAUCGAUUUGGUUCGGGACCUUUUUGGGAAGUCAGUGUUGGAUUCAAUCACAAUUCUUGUUCUUCUUAUUGGUGGACAAAUUUGUUUUUUAUCAAUAAUUAUUUUGGCGGUAAUAAUAAGUGUGCAAUUCAGACUUGGUAUUUAGCGGUUGACUUUCAUUGUUAUCUGAUUGGAUUAUUGCUGAUUACUGUAUUCCACAAAAUGAAUCGUAAAAUUGGUUACAUAUUUUUGGUCACUACGUUGAUUAUUUUUGCUGCAUUGCCUUUUCAUUUUACAUAUAAAAAUAAUGCAGAUCCGCUUUAUACAUCCUUUGUAAAACACAGAAUGGUUGAAGAAAUGGAUUAUUUUGUAAAUAAUUAUGUUAAAACUCAUUUCCGUUUGGCUGCCUACGUUACUGGAUUAAUUUUGGGAGCACUUAUUUAUGACUAUGAAAACGCUAAUUGGCGUCUGUCAAAGAUCUGGUCGCAAAUUUUUAUUUUUGCCGCAGUUUUCCUCGCUGCCUUCACAAUGUGGAGUGGAACACUUUUUAUGAAUCCAAAUUUGAUAAUAAGUGCAUUUAUAAAAGCUUUAUACGCAAGUCUGCAAAGGCCAAUUUUCGCUCUCAGUAUAUGCGCGAUUCCUCUUCUGUUUACAAUUGGAAGCGGUUUGGAUUUUUACUACAAAAUAGUAAAUUCAAAAUGGAUUCAACGUUUAUCACGAAUUUCGUUUGCAAUUUACUUAACUCAUUAUGCGCUAUUUCUUUAUGAACUUGGAACUAUAAGAACUGCAUUUACUUUUUCGUUCUAUAAUUCAGUGAAAUAUCUUUUUGGAGAUAUGAUUUACUCUGUACUACUGGGAUUAUUUUUCACUAUUGUUAUUGAAUUUCCAUUUAGAAACGUUGGAGAUAUUAUUUUGAAGCGGAAGGCAAACGAUGCAAAGAGGAAACAAAAUAGCUGUUGAACCACAAUAUUCCUGAAAGAUGUCAAGGCACAUUCUUAGCAGGCCACGUACGCGUGUCUAUGGAUGCAAUUACGACAAGGGCGAAUCGUAUUACAAGCCGAUGGUGGACCAUCUCGACCGGAAGUACAGUGGUCGUCCUCUAUUCUCCGAACCAAGAAAUUCAUUAGCCGACGAAAUUGCGGCUCGCCGAAGUGACAUCGGUAACAUCUUCAAUCGUUUUCCAAAAUGGUUUUGAGGAAUGAAAACGUAUUGUGCAUCCUUCUCGUCCACCCGCUCGUCUCCCCCACUUCGUGGAUCUGUUUAGAAUGCUCUCGUGACACGUUAUUUUACAAGUUCCGUCUUUUAAUAUGCAAAUUAGAACAUCCUCAAAAGUCCUCAUUUUCUCCAAAAUUCUUCAAAUAUAUUGCUGCCUUUAAUCUUUUACUUUUUUCUACUUUAUUCUGUUUCACUUUAUUCUAAAUGUGGUAAAUUCUACUCGUAUUCUGUAUCACUGUAUUCUAAAUAUAGUAAAUUCUGCUAUAUUCUAAAUAUGGUAAAUUCUACUAUACUCCAAGUAUAGUAAAUUCUGCUAUAUUCUAAAUAUGGUAAAUUCUACUUUAUUCUAGUUAUGGUAAAUUCGACUAUAUUUGAAGUAUUGUAAAUUUUACUAUAUUCCAAAUAUGGUAAAUUCUGCUAUAUUUUAAGUUUAGUAAAAUCUACUGUAUUCUGAGUAUAGUAAAUUCUACUAUAUUCUAAAUAUGGUAAUUUCCACUAUAUUCUAAAUACAGAAUGAAUUUUUUCGAAAUACUUUCUAUUCUGUUAUUAUAUGUAUUUUUAACUACUUUUUUUAGCUAAUUAAUUCCAUUUUGAUCGAUUAUUCCGUAUUAUUCUGCAAUAAUACUUAAUUGUGUUAUCUUUCAAUAACUCAUAAUUGUAUUAUUUCUCAAUAAUACCCAAUAAUCGUACAUUUUUUUUAAUAAUGACAAAAAAAAUUGUUUCGAACUAGUUUUCAAUAAGUUACCACUGCAUAUUUUUCUAAAGAGUAUAUUUAUCUGUACAAAAUUUUGAUUGUCUUUAUCGAAUAUUAAAUUUCAAUUACAGAUAUUAUUUCAAUUAAAGAAAUUUUUUCUCUAUCUACAAAUUUUGAUAUUUAAGCAUUUUUUCCUAAUUAAAUAAAACAAAUAAUAAGAGAAUAAAUAUAGUGAGAAGAAUUAUUAAAGACAGCAAUGAAUAACGAACGUUUAUAUUUUGACUAAUCAGCAUCCUUUGUCUUUAAAAAAAAAGAAAUGGGCGUGUAGAUAGUUUUUUUGUUUUUUCUCCCGAUUUAUGUGUCUACUGUCACUUUUAUCAAAUCCUAAUUGUUGUCCAUAAUCAUUACUGUAUUGGAAAACUUGGCUGUUUAAUAAACGUCUACUUUUCUAAA